AUGUAUGACUUCGAAGACUCCGACAGCUUCCGAGAUGCUAAGGAGGCGGGCCUCCAGAAGCUCAGCCGCCUGGAGCGCUAUGACUCGUCGUCGCAAUACAGCCGUGAGAAGUAUCGCUUGUUUCUGCAGUGGCUUCCGGAUUCUGAGCGGCAGUUGCUGGAGGAUUCAGAAGGCUUGGGGAAUUCACAGAAAGCUGAGGUGGCGUGGCUUGAGAAGAAAGGCUACAAGUACAGUGCAGUGGACAUCUCCCGAUGGUUAAAACAGCCAGCGGAAGACCCAGAGAAUCGUUGGGCUUGGAAGCCUGAGCCGAACAAUCUCGUCGGCCACCCUGUCGUAUGCAAUGAGCCCCCAUCGCCAUAG